AAUUAUUGGCUGGUUAAAAUAAACCAAUCAACAUGCCUGAUGAUGUCUUAUUCUAAUGUGUGUGUCUUUUCUGUUUUGGCCUUGAUUAAUAAAUAAAAAUGAAUAAAAAGAGUCAUGAUAAAUAGCUAAUAAUUGAUUAGAACUUGGGUGCUUUUGUGUGGUGAAAAUUAGUUUAUUUAUUAUUAAUAUACUAUUGUUGCCAAUAAAUUUUAAGUUUAAAUAAUAAAUAAAUAAAUAAAAUUCAUUGUCAAAUGAUCAUCCAGAAAUAAUAAAAUAUAUUAUUCAAUUUGGUUGAAUAUUAUCUGUCAAUGGAAUAUUGAUUAACCUCAAAAUAAAAAGGAUAAACAAUGGCUAAAGAUGAGGGUGAUGAUUUGUUGCCUGACAAAGAUGCUGCAAAAGGAUUUUAUGCAAAAUAUGAACCCAAAGAAAUUCUUGGAAGAGGUAUAUCAUCAACUGUUAGAAGGUGUAUUGAAAAAGAAACUGGUAUUGAAUAUGCUGCUAAAAUAAUUGAUAUUAGUAAUGAGCCACAUGAUGGAGUUGAAGGUCAUACAAUGAUGGAAGCUACUAUGCAAGAAGUGCAAAUAUUACGACAAGUUGCUGGACAUCACUACAUAAUUGAACUACAUGAUGUAUUUGAAUCAAGUACAUUUAUAUUUUUAAUAUUUGAAAUAUGUAAAAAUGGUGAAUUAUUUGAUUAUUUGACCUCUGUUGUGACGCUGUCAGAAAAAAAAACUCGAUAUAUUAUGAGACAAGUAUUUGAGGGUGUACUUCAUAUUCAUGAUCAAGGAAUUGUUCAUAGAGAUCUUAAACCAGAAAAUAUUCUACUAGAUGACAAUUUAAAUGUUAAAAUAACUGAUUUUGGAUUUGCAAGAAUGUUAAAAAAUGGAGAAAAAUUACAUGAUUUGUGUGGAACUCCUGGAUAUUUAGCUCCAGAAGUUUUAAAAUGUAAUAUGUUUGAAAAUGCUGAGGGUUACGGUUACGAAGUUGAUGUAUGGGCUUGUGGUGUUAUAAUGUUUACUCUACUUGUUGGCUGUCCACCUUUUUGGCAUCGUAAACAAAUGGUUAUGCUUAGAAAUAUUAUGGAAGGAAAAUAUACAUUUACAUCACCAGAAUGGGCUGAUAUAACUGAUGCACCAAAAGAUUUAAUUAGUAAAAUUCUUGUUGUUGAUCCACUUAAAAGAAUUUCAAUUACAGAAGCACUUGAUCAUCCAUUCUUCCAUACAGUGUUGUGGGAUACAGAUAUUGCACCUCUCAAACGUUCACUGUCUACAAAUUCACGGCGUUUAAGUCGGAUUUCACAAUUAGCUUUGGAAUUGAAGGCAAAAUCAUUCAAUGCAAGAAGGAAAUUUCAAUUGGUAAUAACCCUAGUACGAGCUGCAGUUAGAAUAAAAAGAUUACAUACAACACCAGAACCAUUAUCUACCCUGGUUGCUCGAGAAGAUCCUUACAGAAUUAAAAUACUUCGUAAAGUAAUUGAUGGAUGUGCUUUUCGAGUUUAUGGUCAUUGGGUGAAAAAAGGCGAGGGUCAAAAUCGUGCAGCAUUAUUUGAUAAUACAGCUAAAACCGAAUUAAAACAUUUGUAUGUUAGUAAUUUGAGUAGAUAACCAAAGAAAAUAUUAAUUUAUUUAAAAAGUGUGCAUAAAGUGACAAAUUUUUAAUAUAUUAAAAUUCAUUCAACUAUUUUACUAUAAAAAAACAUGAUUGAUAAAUUUUUAAAAGCUAUAUUAAACGCGAAUAAAAGCAAUAUAGUUAACUUGUUAUAAAUAUUUUUAUAAUAAUCUAUAUUUACAAAAUAAAACAAAAUAAAAAUACCAAAAAUUUAGGAAAAAUUUACAAUCAAAUUUCGUAAAAAAAAAAAAAAAAAAACAGUGAAUGCGUUUUCUAGUCAACUAUAUAGAUAUUUAUAUAUGAACAUUGUUUUACAAUUAAUUUAUUUUUUUCUUUGAUUAGAAAUUUAAUGUUCAAUUUUAUUUUGAUGAUGUAGAAUCAAUUAUUAAAGAGAUUAUAAUAUAAAA